UGGACAUGGGUGGGGCCCUGGGGCCAGCCUUGCUGCUUACCUCACUCCUUGGUGCCUGGGCAGGGCCGGGCCCUGGGCAGGGUGAGCAGGCUGUGACAGUGGCCGUGGUGUUUGGCAGCUUGGGGCCAUCGCAGGCCCAGGCCCGUAUCCGCCUCACCCCCCAGAGCUUCCUGGACCUGCCCCUGGAGAUCCAACCACUCACCGUGGGGGUCAACAACACCAACCCCAGUAGUCUUCUCACCCAGAUCUGUGGGCUUCUGGGUGCUGCCCGCGUCCAUGGCAUCGUCUUUGAGGACAACGUCGGCACUGAGGCCGUGGCCCAGAUCCUGGACUUCAUCUCCUCCCAGACCCACAUGCCUAUCCUCAGCAUCAGUGGGGGCUCUGCCGUGGUCCUCACCCCUAAGGAACCGGGCUCCGCCUUCCUGCAGCUGGGCGUGUCCCUGGAGCAGCAGCUGCAGGUGCUGUUCAAGGUGCUGGAGGAGUACGACUGGAGCGCGUUCGCCGUGAUCACCAGCCUGCACCCGGGCCACGCGCUCUUCCUCGAGGGCGUGCGCGCCGUCGCCGAUGCCAGCUACCUGGGCUGGCGGCUGCUGGACGUGCUCACGCUGGAGCUGGGCCCCGGCGGGACGCGCGCGCGCACCCAGCGCCUGCUGCGCCAGCUCGACGCUCCCGUGCUGGUGGCCUACUGCUCCCGCGAGGAGGCGGAGGUGCUCUUCGCCGAGGCGGCGCAGGCCGGCCUGGUGGGGCCCGGGCACGUGUGGCUGGUGCCCAACCUGGCGCUGGGUAGCACCGACACGCCGCCUGCCGCCUUCCCCGUGGGCCUCAUCAGCGUCGUCACUGAGAGCUGGCGCCUCAGCCUGCGCCAGAAGGUCCGCGACGGCGUGGCCAUCCUGGCCCUGGGCGCCCAUGGCUACCGGCGCCAGUAUGGCGCCCUGCCCACCCCGGCUGGGGACUGCCGCGGCCACCCCGGGCGCAUCAGCCCUGCCCGGGAGGCCUUCUACAGGCAUCUACUGAAUGUCACAUGGGAGGGCCGGGACUUCUCCUUCAGCCCUGGUGGGUACCUGGUCCAGCCCACCAUGGUGGUGAUCGCCCUCAACCGGCACCGCCUGUGGGAGAUGGUGGGGCGCUGGGACCACGGCAUCCUCCACAUGAAGUACCCAGUGUGGCCUCGCUACGGUGCCUCCUUGCAGCCCGUGGUGGACAGCCGACAUCUGACAGUGGCCACGCUGGAAGAGCGACCCUUUGUCAUCGUGGAGAGCCCUGACCCUGGCACAGGUGGCUGCGUGCCCAACACCGUGCCCUGCCGCCGGCAGAGCAACCACACCUUCAGUGGUGACGCGGCCCCUUACACCAAGCUUUGCUGUAAGGGCUUCUGCAUCGACAUCCUCAAGAAGCUGGCCAAAGCGGUCAAGUUCUCCUAUGACCUGUACCUGGUGACCAAUGGCAAACACGGCAAGAGGGUGCGCGGCGUGUGGAACGGCAUGAUUGGGGAGGUGUACUACAAGCGGGCAGACAUGGCCAUCGGCUCCCUCACCAUCAACGAGGAGCGCUCCGAGAUCGUGGACUUCUCUGUGCCCUUUGUGGAGACAGGCAUCAGCGUGAUGGUGGCUCGCAGCAACGGCACCGUCUCCCCAUCGGCCUUCCUGGAGCCCUACAGCCCCUCGGUGUGGGUGAUGAUGUUUGUCAUGUGCCUCACCGUGGUGGCCAUCACUGUCUUCAUGUUUGAGUACUUCAGCCCUGUCAGCUACAGCCAGAACCUCACCAGUGGCAAGAAAUCUGGGGGCCCGUCUUUCACCAUCGGCAAGUCUGUGUGGCUGCUGUGGGCACUGGUCUUCAACAACUCGGUGCCCAUCGAGAACCCCCGGGGCACCACCAGCAAGAUCAUGGUCCUGGUCUGGGCCUUCUUCGCCGUCAUCUUCCUCGCCAGCUACACCGCCAACCUGGCCGCCUUCAUGAUCCAGGAGCAGUACAUUGACACUGUGUCUGGCCUCAGUGAUAAGAAGUUUCAGCGGCCUCAUGAUCAGUACCCACCUUUCCGCUUUGGCACGGUGCCCAACGGCAGCACGGAGCGGAACAUCCGCAGCAACUACCGGGACAUGCACACCCACAUGGUCAAGUUCAACCAGCGCUCAGUGGAGGAUGCGCUUACCAGCCUCAAGAUGGGGAAGCUGGAUGCCUUCAUCUAUGAUGCCGCCGUCCUCAACUACAUGGCGGGCAAGGACGAGGGCUGCAAGCUGGUCACCAUUGGCUCUGGCAAGGUCUUUGCCACCACCGGCUAUGGCAUCGCCAUGCAGAAGGACUCCCACUGGAAGCGGGCCAUAGACCUGGCGCUCCUGCAGUUCCUGGGGGACGGGGAGACUCAGAAGCUGGAGACGGUGUGGCUCUCUGGGAUCUGCCAGAAUGAGAAGAAUGAGGUCAUGAGCAGUAAGCUGGACAUCGACAACAUGGCCGGCGUCUUCUACAUGCUGCUUGUGGCCAUGGGGCUGGCCCUGCUGGUCUUCGCCUGGGAACACCUGGUCUACUGGAAGCUGCGCCACUCGGUGCCCAACACAUCCCGGCUGGACAUCCUGCUGGCUUUCAGCAGGGGCAUCUACAGCUGCUUCAGCGGGGUGCAGAGCCUGGCCAGCCCCGCGAGGCAGCCCAGCCCAGACCUCACGGCCGGCUCGGCCCAGGCCAGCGUGCUCAAGAUGCUGCAGGCGGCGCGAGACAUGGUGACCACGGCAGGCGUGAGCAGCUCCCUGGACCGCGCCACGCGCACCAUCGAGAGCUGGGGGGGCGGCCGCCGUGCGCCCCCGCCACCCGCCUGCCCCAGUGCGCGGCCGCCCACCCCCAGACCGCCCCCCGAGCCGAGCACCACGGGCUGGGGGCCGCCAGGCUGGGGCCGCGCCGCGCUGGGGCGCAGGGCCUCGCAGCCCCCGGGCUGUCCCCCGACGCCCGGGCCCUCCCUGCCCGACGUCUCACGGGUGUCGGGCCAGCCGGCCUGGGAGGCACCUCGGCAGGUGCGGGCGGGGCGCUUCGGGCGGCACCUCUGGGCUUCCGAGCGGCGCGCGCUCCCAGAGCGACCCCUGUCGCCCGAGCGCUGCCACUACAGCUCCUUCCCUCGAGCAGACCGGUUGAGGCGUCCCUUCCUCCCGUUCUUCCCGGAGCCCCCAGAGCCCGAGGACCUGCCGCUGCUCGGGCCGGAGCAGCUGGCCCGGCGGGAGGCCCUCCUGUGCGCGGCCUGCGCCCGGGGGUCGCGCCCACGCCACGCUUCUCUUCCCAGCUCGGUGGCCGCGGUCUUUGUUCGGCCCAGCUCGGGGCCCGCCGGGUGUGCCCGACCCACCUGCGGGCGGUUGGCGCAGGCGCAGUGGAUGAGGCUGCCGUCCUACCGGGAGGCCUGCCAGGAGGGGGUGUGGGCAGGGGGCCCCGCCUGGCCGCACAGACAGCACACCUGCCUCCAUGCCCAUGCCCACCUGCCGCUUUGCUGGAGGUCUGUCUGCCCUCACCUCCCACCCUGUGCCAAACACGGCCCCUGGCUCUCUGGGGCUUGCGGAUCUCUGGGGCACAGGGGCAGGACCCUGGGGCUGAGCACACGCUACAGGGACAGUGGGGGGCUGGAAGAGGACAGCAGGGUGGCUUGUGGGAUGCACGGCUUCCCCCGACCUUGCACCUGGAGGAGGAUCUCCAGCUUGGAGUCAGAAGUGUGAGGUGUCAGCUACUCUGGUUCCUGGUCAGCUGGAUUCUCUGCCUGGCACUGCCAGCAUUAGGGGGCAGAUGGGCUUGGGCUUUUCUGGCUUCUGCAGUGAAAUCCUGGCAACCCAGGGACAGAUGAUGUCUUCCACGGUCAGUUCAGCGACCUCAGCAGCCUCAGGUCCUGGUGUGGGCUGGACUUUUGCUGUCUUCUUAUGCAAGGCCCUUCCCACCUGGCCUAAAGUCACAGGGAGCAGUGGGGUCUCCCAGCUCUGCUGUGAGCGGGUCCCUGGUCAUGGCUCCUGGGGGCUUGGGCAUGGGAGCAUGGAGGCUGGAACUUGGGGUUGGAGCAGGGCGCUCCUACUCCUUGUUCCACCUGGCUGGAGUUUCUUCUCAGAGUGUUGGGACAUUAA